AUGUUGACCCUUUUUAACAGCCUCCUCCUGGGUCUGAGCAUCAUUUCAUUCCUACCGCAGCUGCAACUCCUCUGGACAACCAAGAAUAGCUCAGGUCUUUCACUGUGCUAUCUACUUUUCAACCUCAUCUGUGCGACAGAACAGUUCCUACUUGCAUUCUUAUACAACAACAACCCGGAGGCAGAGCCGAAUAUGUUUGUGGAGAGUCCCGGAUCCUUAGGAGACUGGUUGAACCUGAUUCGAAUCACGGUUAUCUGGAUACUUUUCAGCCUUACAUUUACGCUAAGCUUGCGAUAUCCCUCCGACUCAUCCUUCCGAAACAAGCUCUCCGCGGCCUUGUCAUAUAUCAUCUACCUUCUCAUAGCCGUCAUUCCGUCAGUAUGCGUGGUCCUCACAACCGAUAGAGGCGAGGAUCCCCCGACCAGCGAGAAUGAGUGGGUGUUCGCUCUUUGGAGUGGUGUCCAUCUCAUAUUUGUCAACCCGGCCAUGACACUUCUCGCAUUCAGUGCUGUGUUCUGUCAGGCGCCGAAACUGCGAAAAAGUGUGCCGCCGCCGGCGGCUUUAAGUCUUCGAGGACUUGCGAUCCAGGCAGGCGUGUUCUCGGUACUUGCUUUGAGUUGGCCGUUCCGGUUUGUCAAUAUCAAUCCCGAUUGGGAUAUUUUUGCAUCGUGGUUUACGCUGUAUAGCUGGUAUGUGACUGUUGGUUGGACGGCUGUGGACUGUGCGAUCUUUGCGCUGGUCCAGGCUAUUCUGCUGUGGAUGGCUUGCAGAAAUAUGAAGUACUGGCGGUUAGCUGAGGGGGCGGAGACGGAGCCGUUACUGGCUAAUCAUGAAUAA